GGAAGUUGCAAUUCGCCAACGCGCGUCUUCCUCUUUACCUAUAACAGAAGGAGGAGGAGGGAGGGGGGGGGUCCCACGUUAACACGAGCCAUCGUUAGAGAGAGAUUAACCCAUAUAAACUACUUUAUCUCUCUCCGUAUACAUCACCCUUCUCUCGCCUCUCUCCCUCUGCGCCUUCUUUCACGUUGACCUUCGACCGCACGGCACCGACGUGCAGAAAGCUUUUUCACUUUGUUCAGAACCUAACGCAAGAGCGCCCGGAUUGUUCAGCGAGACGCGCCCUCUCCGACUCAACUUUUGCCGGCCUGAAGCCAUGGAGGAAGAGAGCAGGCUGUGGCGGCAGUGUGCUGCGUGGCUGGUGGCCUGCAGGGUUCUGCCCCCCAGCCACCGCGCCGUGCAGGAUGACUCGCAGGUGUUCGAGCUCGCCCAGGUGCUGCGGGACGGGGUCCUCCUCUGCCAGCUGCUCAACAAUGUCGAGCCGGGCAGCCUGCCCCUCAAGGAGAUCAACCUCCGUCCGCAGAUGUCCCAGUUCCUGUGCUUGAGGAACAUCCGCAUGUUCAUCAACACCUGCGUCAACAGAUUUGGGAUGCGCCACGCCGAGCUCUUUGACCCGUUCGACCUUUUCGAAGUGCGGGAUUUUGCAAAGGUGAUCAACGCACUCUCCAAGCUCUCGUACUCCACUGUGGUGCAGAAAAAAGGCAUCGGUGGAUUUCCCAGCCAGGACCUGGAAGAUGACGAAGACAUCUAUCACAGCCUGGAGGAGAUGGCCGAUGAGUACGACUUGGAUGAAGAGGAUGACAUUUACGACUUGCCGGGCGACGAGGAGUGCGACGAGCUGUAUGAGGACAUCAUGAAGUCGGAGGUGAUGAGGCCGAUCCUUCCGCCAGGCCAGAUGAGGGACGAGGACAGGAGGAACUGCUGCUUGAACGAAAUCAGCGAGACGGAGCGGCGCUACACGGACACGCUGGAGACCAUCGAGAAGCACUUCAUGCAGCCGCUGAAGAGAUUGCUCACGAGCAAGGAUAUCGAUGCCAUCUUCAGCAACAUGGAGGAGCUGCUGAGGCUGCACCGGUCGUUCUGCACCGAAAUUCAGCACAACAUCUUGCAGCGCGGAGGACAGAACCUGCACCAGAUCUUCAUCAACUACAAGGAGAAGUUUGUCCUCUACGGCCUCUACUGCAGCAAGAUGACAGACGCAUCGGCGUACAUCGACACGCUGACUGCCCGGGAGGAAUACCGUCAAAAGAUAGAGGAGUGCACCCACCGCGCGAACCAGGGCCGCCACUCGCUCCGGGACCUGCUCGUGUUCCCCAUGCAGCGUGUGCUCAAGUACCCGCUGCUGCUCAAGGAGCUGCUCACCUUCACGACAAACGCAACGGAACGGGAGAACCUCAAGAGAGCCCUCGAUGCCAUGAAGGACGUGGGGCAGUAUGUGAACGAGGUGAAACGCGACAUGGAGACCCUUAAGACCAUAACCAAGAUGCAGAACUCCAUCGAAAAUCUGAACCAGGCACUGUCCAUGUACGGGCGACCCAAAAUCGACGACGAACUGAAGGUGUUGUCGGUCACGGAGCGUCGGAGCAAGCAAGACCGCAACAUCUUCCUGUUCGAUCUCGCCGUCAUCAUCUGCAAGCGGCGAGGGGACACGUUCGAGAUGAAGGAGAUCCUGGACCUGAAGGAGUACAAGGUGACGGACGACCCCACUCCCAACAAGGACAACAAGAAGUGGUCGUUCGGCUUCUUCUUGGCUCACCUGCACGGCCAGAACGGGUUCCAGUUCCACUGCAAGACCGUGGAGCAGAAGAAGAAGUGGAUGGAGCAGUUCGAGAUGGCGCAAUCAAACAUCAAGCCGGAGAAAUGGAACGGGCAGAACCACGAGUUUGAGAUGCACACGUUUGACCGCUGCACCGAGUGCCGCUCCUGCCACAUGCUGCUGAGGGGGGUGUUCUUCCAGGGCUACCAUUGCAUGCGCUGCGGGGCGAGCGCCCACAAGGAGUGCCUGGGGAACAUGGAUGCCUGCCGCCAACCGCGGCUCACAGAUUCACCUCUCAACACAAUGGACAAGAAUUUCAACGGACCCAGGAGCGCCGCUGCCAGCCCCACCCCGGACUUGGGUCUGCCCAAGAUGUCGGCGAUCAGCGGCUACUUUGGGAUCCCGUCUCCCCCGGCCGCCUAUCUUCCCGCACUCACGUUUGAGAAGAAGGAAAUCAUCGAGCUCAUGAGAGGAGACCCCAAGUGCAACUGGUGGCAGGGUCGCAGUGUGGUUUCUGGGAAGGUUGGGUAUUUCCCUUGCACCUUUGUGGAGCCAGUGCGGCCAAAGAAAGUAGAAAACCACGACUAUGGCGGAUACCCAUGGUUCGCGGAGGUGCUGGAGAGGAGCGCGGCUGGGGACAUCCUCAUGAGUUGUCCGCAUGGGACCUACCUGGUGCGUGGUCGCGUCCGGGACCAGCGCGAGUACGCCAUCAGCAUCCGGCACAACGACGAGGUGAAGCACAUCAAGAUCGUGGCCAAGGAAGGAAAGUUCCAUAUCACCGAGACCAAGCGCUUCAAGAGCCUCGUGCAACUGGUCGAGUACUACCAGGUGCACUCGCUCAAGGAGGGCUUCAGCGCGCUGGACACGAACCUCAAGUACCCGUACAAGGGCUCCAUGCAGUCUGUCUUGCCGCUUCGCCGGAUGCGAGGGCCGGCAGACAAGCCUCAGCCGAUCGGCGUCGGCAUCGCGCGCUACGACUACGUGGCGCGGGACCGCGCCGAGCUCUCCUUCCGCGAGGGAGACGUCGUCAAGAUCUACAGCAAAGGCGUCAAUGGCUGGUGGAAGGGGGAGAGCUGCGGACGGUUUGGACUUUUUCCCUUCUCCUACGUGGAAGAAGAAAUGCUCUGAUGAUGUGCGGCGGCCGAUUCUGGGAAUGUAAAUUUAGCUUAACACGUAGAAGGCUUUCGCGUCCAAUAUUAUUCAUAAUAAAGGUUUUUGGGUUAGAUCGCGUUAUUUAUAAAUGUGUCGUAACCCUCCACCACCCGA